AGACGUUGGAACGUAGAUAAGCCAUGGAGAAUAUGCUAACGUUAGAAGCAUGUCUAGUGCGCCUGGGGAAGUCUCGUAAUAACAGUUAUAUCAUUUCAUUUCUAAUAACGACAAUAACAACGGUAGUCUAACCUCGAAAUUCAUUGCAUGUAUUUUUCCGGGUAUACUAGUAAUUAAUGGCUCGAAUCACUGCGUGGUUUAUUCUGGUCUUAUCAGUUACGUAUAAUUUAGAGCCAUUCUUCUACCAUAUAAAACUGAUGAAACAAUAAUCUCGGACAUAGAAAUUCCAGUUGAGAUUGAAGCCAUUGACAAGAAUUGAUCGAAAAGUGAUUACAAAGUGACAAUUAUUACGCACCAUAAUGGACAGAACAAGGGUAUUAGAUUUGUCACGCCCACGACUAGAUUCCACGAAUGAAGUUAUUGACCUGACUGGUGAUUCUCCAGUUAUGAAUUCAGUGCAACCGAGAAUUAUGCAUACUCGUAAUACCAUGCCAAGACCAUUACGAACACCAUUAUCGCACUACUUGCUGGGACGGUUAGGGACAUCUGAAAGUCCACCUAAUAUGCCAAGAAACAUGUCUAACUUUGAAGGACACAUACCAAUAUCUCAGAAUAAUCUUGAGGAUCUAACCAGACCGCCGCGAGAUGUUAUCAAUUUCCAAAGGCGCUUGUUGCCACCCCAGGAGCCAACAAGUCUUCCAAGAUUUAUGCCUCAGCUUCAUCUCUAUCCAUCUUAUACAGAAGGAAUUUACACGCCGGAUGAUCCCUUCAUUCAAGUUAUUGACCCAGAAGAACCUCAAUCAGCAGUUAAUUCAAUUGCUAAUGAAGAAGAGUUCAGAGACAUCAACAGUUCACCACCAUUUGAAGAAUAUAGCACAACUGUACCCUGCAUAAAUGACUCCUCCAGCGGAGAACAAACUGUUUUAAGUUGCCCAAUUUGUUUUGAACCAUUAUGUGCACAGCAAAAACCAAUGACUACAACAUGUGGGCAUAUAUUUUGCGCAAUGUGCCUGAAAAAGACACUCCACGGAUCUAGAAAUAAAACUUGUCCUAAAUGUAAUGCACCCGUUAAGAUUAAAUCUUGUAUCAGACUUUAUUUUUGAGUAUGUUUGCAGGAAUGUAAUUAUAACAUUUAAAGUUGCUUCUGAAUGAUAUUAAUUGCUAUUUGCAGAUCUUUAUUGUUAUUCGUAUUAUCUUCAUAUUGACAAAAAAAAAAAAUCUUACAGAGAUAUAAUACAAAAUUUUAUAAUGUACAUUAAAUCGUAAGUUCAUCGUUUCUUCGGUAUGAAUUUUUUUAGAAAUAUCUUUUCCGCGGUGCAACAAGAAAAAGGGUAUUUCUACCGAUCUGAUUCAUUUAGUUG